AUGUCGCCUUCGAUGGUUAGGGCACAUUCUCCAUCGCCCACUAUAAGAGUUGUCGCAUAUUUCGUUAAUUGUGUGAUGGUUGGCGUCAAAAGCGAGUUCGAUAUACGCGAAGAUGAAGAACAACGUGCAAAAUUACAAGAUAUUAUUGACCUGUUAGUUGCUGCUGGUUAUUUCCGCGCAAGAAUUAAAACUAUUCCUCCUUUUGAUAUGGUUGUUGGUGGUAUGGUUUGGUGUAUAAGUCACUGCAACAUGUCUUUAGACAUUGAUUUAUUUUAUUCGGAUAUUUCGACAAUUGGACAAAAGAUUUGGUUAACGGAACGAAUUGUGGAAGUAUUACCGCAACUUGCUUGUCCACAUGCAAUUGAACCUCACCAAAUUCAAGGUCUCGACUUUAUACAUAUAUUUCCAGUUAUUCAGUGGCUAGUGAAACAAGCAAUUGAAGCCAAAAACCAGUUCGGUGAUGAUUCUCGCAAUUAUGCAGUUUAUCAAUUCAAUAAAAGAUUCUCAUUAUCCCAAGAUAUGGAGAACUGGAUGAAGAAUUCUAAAAUCGGUUGUAAUUUUCGAAUUUUAAAAUCAUUUUGUUUGCCGAAACGUGUUUCUCGACGUAUUUAUGAAUAUCGAUGUUUAAAUUUGAUAGAAGAUUUGCAGUGUACACUGAUGGAAUAUGAAUGGCCUGGUACUUCAUCAAACAGAGAUUUUACAAAAAACAGUGGGGCAGAAAAAUUUAUAGAGAAUGAGGAAAGAUUAUCUGGAAAUUUAACUGCUAAUGUUGAGCAGUUAAAAAGUGAACAUUUAUCAGCAAAGGCUUUGGCAGAACUCAUCAGUAUUGAAGAUCUCAAAAAAACGUUAGAUUCCAAAUUUUUUCAGUCCACUGAAGAAAGGAUUCAUUCAAAAAUAAAUUUUGCAAACUCAUUAGCUAAUAUCGAAAGCGAAUUAGAAAAGCUAAAAUUGGAAGAGAAUCAAUUAGAAGAGUUAUUGAAUGUUGCUGAUUGUAAUUAUCGAAAAUAUGAAAAAGAAUUACGAGAGAAAGAAGAAAAUUUAUCAAAAUAUCGCUCAGAAGUCGAAAAUGCCGAUAUAAAGUUAAUUGAAAAACUACGGCAAUUAAUUAGUGAGCAUGACGAUUUAAAGAAACGUGAAACCGACUUCAAAAUAAAUUGUAAAAUGGAAAUGAAAAAAUUGGAAGAAAAAAUAGAGAAUUUUUGUGCUGGAAGUGUGGCAGAGAAUGGGGCUGAUAUUCAUAAUUUGAAAUCUAAAUGGCAAGGAGCUCAGAAAAGAUUAACAAUUUUGCGACAAGAACUGGCUAAUAUUAAUUGGCAAAUUGCUUUGGAACAAAGAUAUAUCGAUUCCGUGCCUUUGCAGCUGGAAAUAAGCCAGUACCAAAGGCGAAUAAUUGAAUUAUAUAAUCAAAUUGCGAGCAAGCAUCAAGAAAUGACACGAUAUUUUGCGCUGCAUAAUACUCUUGUUGAUAUACAAGCAUAUAUUCAGCGUGAAAUCGCUUUGCUGAAUAGUAUUGAAGAAGUACAACAUCUUACAUCCAGAGACAGUUAUAAAGAAUCUUUCUUCGAAAAUUUGCAAGAGAUUUUACGAGGAAUUUCUAUCAAGCGAAAUGAGUUGCAAAAAGAACGUGAUAAUUUAAGUGAUGAUUAUCAAUACAUGUUGGAAAAAGAACUUUGUAUGAAAGCCGAGCAAAGCUAUAAUUUCGAAAAAUUUGGCGACGGACGAGCUUGUAUUCUGGGAAUCGAUGAAGCAGGAAGAGGUCCUGUUCUUGGUCCAAUGGUAUAUGCUUGUGCUGUAUCGCCGCUUGGUUGUAAUGAAAAACUGAAAGAUUUAGGUGUUGCUGAUUCCAAAACGCUUACUAGAACCAAACGUAAUGAAAUCUUUUCCUCUAUACAGUCAGAAACAAAUGGGCGGUUUAUGGCAUAUGCCGUUCGUAUUUUAUCGGCACGAAUGAUAAGCGCAGCUAUGUUACGUAGAUGUAAAUAUUCAUUAAACGAACUUUCACAUAAUAGCGCAAUUGAUUUAAUCAAAAGUGCCAUAAAAGCUGGAAUUAAUGUCGCUGAAGUUUUAGGACCUAAAGAAACCUAUCAAGCAAAAUUAGAAGAAAAAUUUCCUGAUGUGAAGUUCAUUGUCAUUGAAAAAGCUGAUACACUGUAUCCGAUCGUGAGCGGUGCAUCUAUUGUUGCAAAGGUAACUCGUGAUGAGAACUUGCGGAAAUGGUCAUUUAUUGAAGGUGAAGUGAAAGUAGCAAAGAAUGGAUUUGGUACAGGCUAUCCUGGUGGUAUGUUAGCUGGCCAUAUUCUGUUUUUCGAAAUACUUCAAAGGAGAAUCCAACAGUUAGCUCUUAUCAGAUCAGUUUGCUUCAGACAAAGUCUUCUAUGCGUCAUGCUUUUUUUAAUGAUUGCUUUCUUACCAAUGUCAGCAAUUUUUAAUUCAUCUGGCCAUUAUUAUGCUGACAUGAAACACUAA